AUGACAACAAAAGAGAUAUUAGAUCUUAAACUAUUUAACAAAGAUCAACUUUCUAAAAUGAAAAGAGAUGAACUAAUAGAAAUAAUUAUUAAACACUCAUUAAAACAUAGUGGUUUAAAGAAAGAUUUGCUUAUCGAUGCGAUCAUUAAACAUCAAGAACAAAUCAUUGAUUUUAAAUCAAAGUUGGUUACAGACAACUCAAUCGAAAAGUAUCAUCGUGGAACUGUUGAAUAUCGAUUGCCAACAUUGAUCAUCUAUCGAAUCAUUCGUGAUCUCUGGUAUGACGAUAUCAACCUUAAUUUGAACAUAGAUAAUCUUUGUCCAAACUACCGAUGGCUGCUCUCUAUUGCUUUGGUUUCGAAAGAGUUCUUCAAACUGAUAUCAUCUUUGUUCACUCGCUCUCUACUUCUAGGUACACAUACAGUUACAACUUCUGAAAAUCUAUUGCCAGAUAUGUUAGCACAAAAGCUCAAAGAGAGUGUAUUGAAUCCACAUUCGAUCCUCAAGAAUAUCAAUCAUUUAACAUUGUCAUUAGAGAUCUUAAAGGAGAUAACCAACGGAUCUUUAUGCACAUCAGUCGAAUUGGGAUUGAUCUUCAACAAUGUCAGGAAAUUCAAAUUGAAACUAACUUUCAGUUCUGAAUUGCUCUCAAAUUCCCUUAAGAAGUUGAAACUUCCUGAAUCGAUCUCCUCCAAAAGUCAACUAUUAAGAAUUCUACCUGAAGACAGUCAAGUUAACACUCUCGGCUUAUGCAAUAUUAGAUGGGACCAACUAAACAUGAUCAGCGGUCACUUUAAGAAUAUCACCAAACUCAUAAUAUGGACUUAUAGUAGAAUUGAAGAAUCCAUGUUUGAGGAACUCUUAAGCUCACCUGAAUGUAAAGUACAUACACUCUACACUAUGCAUAAACAGUGGUUGACUCAAGUACUCUCAGUUAACACAACAAUAGAAACACUCAACACUGGUAGUAAUCUAUUUGAAACCAUAAAGGUGGCAGUGCAAUCAGCAUCGGUUAAACGAAUCAUAUUUCACUCAUACACCACGCCAACAUACAUAUAUGACAAACGCUUAGCAACUGGCUAUGCACACAUCAAAUCGAAAUAUCGAUACCUUCCUAACUCUUCCAUUGCACCAGUUAUGAACUAUGCAAAGAAGAUCUAUAAUAUUUCAAAAAGCGAUGACAAUCAAGCAAUCGAAGCAACCUAUCCAAAUCUAAAAUGUGAAAAAGUUUUUAAAUCUAAAGUACAUGAUAUUUCAUAUUUAAUCAUUACAUUUGCUGAAAUCAACUCGAUAUUUUCAAGAUUGAAACAAGCAGAGUAUCAAUCGAUUCGAUGUAUUAAACUAUUCAUAUACUGCAAAGAUAGUGAACAUCAUCGUCAUUAUCCAAUGAUCAAAUCGAUCGAAGCCUAA